CCGCGACCCUGUUCCCCAGUGGCCCAGCCCUCCGCAUCCGGAGCUCGGGCGUCAGGGCCUGGCACUCGCUGUGGAGGGGCCCUCGGAGCGCCACGAGCCUGGUCCCAGCCUUCUGCCGGAGAGGCGCGAUAGACCUUCCUGCCUUGAAGAGCCGGCCGGAUCUCCUCUGAUUCGCGGUACUCAAGCUCUGCAGGUUCUUGCUUUUCCAAACAGAGAGGGCACCGCGCGAAGCCAGGGGUCAUCAGCCAUGCUCCAGACAUGGUCCCAGGAAUCAGUGAGCUUUGAGGACGUGGCCGUGUACUUCACCCAGAACCAAUGGGCCAGCCUGGACUCUGCGCAGAGGACCCUGUAUAGGAAGGUGAUGCUGGAGAAUUAUGCAAAUGUAACUUCCUUGGCAGCAUUUCCGUUCCCCAAACCAGAUCUGAUACUCCAGCUGGAGCAAGGGGAAGCACCAGGGGGCCUGGAUCCCUGGACACCCAUCAGGAGAGAGGUGAGAGGUGUCUGCACAGGUGGUAAAACCAAGACUGAGAAUGGAGGGCAAACUCCAGAGCUGAGCACUUUUAAAGGACCAGAGUCACACAGACCGAUAAUGGAGGUACUGCUGGUGGAUGUUCCCCAGCACCCUCACUUUGAGAACAGCUUAGAGAAGCUGAAGCUGUACGACAUGGGGAAGAAAACAAACUCAAAGAAUGGCGAUUUCACAGAUUUGCCAGUCCAGGAUCAUACAUCUUCCACUGUUGAAAGAGAAGAGAUAGCCAGACAACUGGAAGGAAGAUGUGGUGUCCACACACAUCUCAUUGCAAAGCAGGGCCUCCCUAGAGAACAGGUAUUUAAUAAAUGUGGUGAGAGUGGCAGAUAUUUCAACCAACAUUCAGACCUUCACCAGCAUCAGAGAAUUCACACGGAUGAGAAGCCCUACAAAUGCAAAGAAUGUGGGAAAGCCUUCAGAUAUAACUCAAAACUGUCACGGCACCAGAAAAUCCACACUGGGGAGAAACCGUACCUGUGCCAGGAAUGUGGACAAGCCUUCAGUCAAAACUCCCACCUCCUUCAGCAUCAGAAACUCCAUGGGGGAGAGAAACCCUAUGAAUGUAGGGACUGUGGGAAAACCUUCAGCUACAACUCAAAACUUAUCCGGCAUCAUCGAAUCCACACUGGGGAGAAACCCUUUAAAUGUAAGGAAUGUGGGAAGGCCUUUCAGUGUAGCUAUGACUGCGUCAUCCAUGAGCGAAUCCACACUGGGGAGAAGCCAUAUGAAUGUAAGGAGUGUGGGAAAAGCUUCAGCUCGAAUUCAGUCCUGAUUCAGCAUCAGAGAAUCCACACUGGGGAGAAACCUUACGAAUGUAAAGAGUGCGGCAAGGCUUUCCGCCGGAGUUCGGUAUUUCUCCAGCACCAGAGGUUCCACACUGGGGAAAAUCUCUAUAAGUGUCAUGAAUGUUGGAAAACUUUCAGUUGUAGCUCACGCUUUAUAAUACAUCAGAGAAUCCACACCGGGGAGAAACCUUAUGAAUGCCAGGAGUGUGGGAAGGCGUUCAAUCAGAAAAUCACCCUGGUUCAGCACCAGCGAGUUCACACUGGGGAGAAACCUUACGAGUGUAAGGUGUGUGGGAAAUCUUUCAAAUGGAGUGCAAGUUUCAUUCAGCAUCAGAAACUGCAUACUAGGAAGAAACCUGCCCAAGUUACAGGGCCGUCCCUGGUUAAGCCCCACUGCCCCACUUCAGUCCUCUCCCCUCUGCCUCCCCAACAUGCGAGCCCUGCCCCAGCCAUGCCAGGGUCUCCCCUGUCUUCUCCACGUGCAGUGCUUCUUCCUCCCUCUGUGCCUCUCUUCGUGCUGCUCCCCUCAUGUGAAAUGGCCAAGUCUUCACCUGUCCAAAUCAUGCAUUUCUUUCAGGAUCUUGCUUCUCCUGGGAAGUCAUCCCCUCGUAGACUGAACCCUUUAUCUCAUUCCCCAUGAGCUGCCUCAUGUUCUCAACUCCAUUGUCCCUAGGGUAGCAGACUUACCUCUGGGCUCCUGGUCAUGUCUUUAAUGAUACUCUUCUGGUCUUCCAUAAGUAAAUCAUUAUUGUUUUCCCAGCUCCAUUUAAGUUUCACGCUUAAGGACCAUGUUUGAUUACCCUCUUCUAUCCCCCGGGUAGCAAACAGUAGUAUUUUUUGGGGGGGGGCAUGCCUCGCAGUUUGCAGGAUCUCAGUUCCCUGACCAGGGAUUGAACCCGGGCCACAGCAGUGAAAGCCAGGAAUCCUAACCACUAGCCCACCAGGGAACUCCCUGUAGUAUUUGCUCUUUAUCAUAUGCAGUUUUGGCCUACUAUCAGUCUGCUCCUGCCUUCUGGGGCUACUAGAGUUGGAAGAGUUGGCAGAACAUUUUGGGCUUUAGGGGGAUGGCAUUACAAUGAGAUGGGCCAUCGUAAUUCAACAAGUAGGGAAAACGCAAAGUCUGUGGGAGGAAGUAAUCAGAAAAAGUAUCCAAUGAUUACCUUCAGGAUUUAAGGAGGGCCAUUUGGUGGGGCCAGUAGCAAAUUUCAUUGUGGGGAAUCUGAGCCUUGGAUUUUCUGUUACCUUGAUAAUGACCAUUAUGAGGAUCUUGUGUAACUAAGCUAUAGUGCAAGGAAAUAAUCAGUGACAAGAAUAUGAUUGAAAGGGGAUGUGCUUUUUCUGUUUGGGUUUCUUUGCUAUUCCCAUCCAUAUCAUUGUUUACUUUUAGUGCCCACUCAACUAUGUAGGUACAAAAAGUGACUUGGGCUUGUGCAAUUGAGGGCAGGUGCCUGGGUGUAUAUCUAAAUUAUACAUGGGGUGAUGCUGUUGGCAUCACACUGGGGAACACCAGAGGGAAGAAGAGAAACCCAACAGUGACUUUCUGUAGCUCCUGCCUUAGAAGAGAGCUCAUUCCUGACCAGUUACCAUACAUGCCUCAGCCUGUUAUCACACCUACUCCACAUCAUUCAUUUGUGAUGGGUGGUGCUUUUGAAUUAAUUUCCUAAUGAACGACUUUGGUAACACCAAAGAGAAGAGUUUAAAGGACGCUAAUCUUACCAGAUGUUAUGAUCUCACUGGCUUGGCUACACUGUCCAUCCAGUGGUUAGAGGCCCUGACCUUUCUCAGAAUCACUGCUUCAGGACAGUGUAGUGACAUGGAAGGGUACUUUAAAUAAUUACAUGGGGAUAAGUACUAAGAAAAGGAUACAUUGUCAUUAUAACACCAUAAAAUUAUGUCUGUAAGGGAGGGCAAAGAAAGGCGGUUUUGGUUUUGUUUUUGGUCCGGCUUAUUGAGAUAUACUUUAUAGACAGUAAAAUUCACCCUUUUAAAGUAUACAGUUUGGUGAGUUUUGACAAAUGAAUACAUUUGUGUAACCAAGAUACAGAAAAGUUCUAUUACCCCAAAAACUUCCCUCAGCACAGGGAGAAAUUUAAAAGUUUGGCAGGAUGUUAAGGAUAUUUUCUUUAUUUUCAUUCCUUGAUAAAGUUUGUGCAAUACAUAGAAUUCAGGGGACUAAAAGACAGAAACCAAACUUACCCAGCUGUGGUCAGAGCUUCCAGAAUAUGCAAAGAUGCCUCAUCCAGAAUCAUUGUUAAGAA